AUGAAGUACUCCGCCGCCGCCGCUUUCGCCGCCCAGCUGGCCCUCGCCGCCGCUCUCCCGCAGGCCAACCCAACCUCCACCACCAUCAUCGACAGCUCUCCUACCUUCACCGGCACCGGCCCUCGUUCUCACACCGGCACCGGCUCCUUUUCCCACACCGGCACCGGCACUUUCACUCGCACCGGCAGCCGUAGCCGUAGCUUCACUGGCUCGACCACCUUAUCGAACACUUUCUCCAACACCUUUACCGGCUCGCCUACAACCUUCACCAAUACUUUCACCGGCCCGCCUACGUCCUUUACCAACACUUUCACGGGCUCGCCUACGACCUUUACCAAUACUUUCACCGGCUCACCUACCUUCACCAACACUUUCACCGGCUCUCCUACGUCCUUCACUAACACUUUCACUGCCUCUCCCACCUUCAGCAGCUCUCCCAGCUUCAGCGGCACCAACACUUUCACCAACUCCUUCACGGGCUCCCCCACUGGUUCAUUCACUGGGUCGCGGACGGGCUCCCGCUCCGGGUCCCGCUCUCCGUCAGCCUCGGCCAGCGGCAGCCCGUCAUCGUUGAGCGGCUCCGUCGCUCCCUCCGGGACGGGGUCGGGCAGCCCUUCGGCAUCUCCCACUGGCACUGGUUCCCGCACUCGCUCCGGGACGGGGUCAGGCAGCCCUUCAGCAUCUCCUACCGGCACUGGUUCCCGCACUCGCUCGCCUUCGGGUAGCCCCUCGGUCUCGCCCAGCGGCACCGGCACCGGCAGCGCCUCGCCUCUCGCUCCGUCUGGCAGUGGCACCGUGUCUCCCGCGUCGAACUCUUCUUCCCGCCGCUCCCGCACUGCCGGCACCGCUUCUCCCGUCCCGGCCAGCAGCUCUCCUUCUUCCUCUCCCUCGGUCGCUCCCGCUUCCGGCUCGGCUUCCCCCUCCGUGUCUCCGGCCACGUACUCGGCCUCUUUCGUCGUCUCCCCCGUCAGCAGCUCUUCUUCUUCUUCUUCUUCUCGUUCGGUCGCUCCCGCCUCCGGCUCGGCUUCCCCCUCCGCGUCUCCGGCCACGUACUCUGCUUCUGUCGUCGUCUCCCCGGUCACCGGCGCUGCUUCUUCCACCGCCUCCCCCGCCGCCGUGACGUCCACCUCCCGCGUCCCUUGCCGUGCCUGCUCCUCAGUUUCUCCCGGCAUCGUGAGCACCGGUAGUUCCACUGCCGUCUCCACCCCCACCCCGAGCGGCAAUGGCCCCGCCUCUACUCCCAUGCCGUUCACCGGCGGCGCUUUCGCCAACACCAUUGACUUUGGCAUGGUUGAGGAGAUGGUCGUUCAGAAGAAAAUGGCGAAGUAA